AUGCUUGGAGAGCUGCCUCCCAGAGCAGAUUCUGGUGUUGUUAUCAGGGGGCCUCCCAGAAAAGUUCAUGACUGGUCGAGUCUUCAUCAAGAUAUUGUCGACUCGAUCGCCCAACGAAUGGUGUCUCCGGCGGGUUUGAUUGCUUUUGCCGCAGUUUGUAAAGCAUGGAGAUCAGCAGCCAUCAAACCAUACUUUACCAGCAGAUCAAGACUGAAAUCUUCAUUGCUUAUGAUCGAAGCCAAGAACAAGGAGAAGGGCACUCUCACCCCUGAAUUCUAUAACAGGCUAGUUCUGCUAGCACCCAAGAAAACAAAGCAGUCUUUUUAUGCUUCUCUAGGCUGGCUGGUGGCUGUGUCUGAGGAUUUGAAGGUUAAUUUGCUGCACCCUGUAAGCCAUGCCCAGAUUGAACUUCCAGAUGCCAACAAAGUCAGAAACCAUCACCAGCAACAGAGCUUUUCCCGCGUGCCUUAUUAA